GGACAAGGUAGGUUGAGCAUAAACAGAAAGCCUUAGCAAAGUUGGAAAAAACCUGGAGAUCUAUUGUUGUUCACCUAGAAAGCUAUGCUUCUGACAUGACAAAUCGAGCAGAAGACAGGGCAAAAGCCAGAGGAAUCAACAACAGAUUGCUUCAAUACAAAGUGGUCCUCUACAUGCAUUUUCUCCUCGAUGUGUUUGACCAGAUGUCCCAGUUGUCCCUUUUAUUUCAAAGAGAUGACAUAACAGUUCCUAGUGUGGUUCUGAAGUGUGAGCAUGUUCAGCUUAUGUUGACAUCCCUCCUGACUGUGAAUGGAUCCUACCUUGAGUCUUUCUAUCAACAUGUAAAUGGCGCUGUGUUCAAAGGUCAAACUCUUAGAAAUGUAAUCCAGCCAGAAGUGUUUGAGACAGACAGAGAGAUUAUCAUCAACUCACUACUGCAAAUAAUGGACAGAAAGUUUGGAAACAUUCUUGGUGGGACUGAUAUUUUUAAGGCAGCUCAGAUCUUUGAUCCAAGAAACUGGCCAGACAAUCGCAAUGAUCUGACUGCUUUUGGGCGAGAAGAUCUCCAGACACUGCUCAGACAUUUUGAACAAGUGUUGGCCAAUACAAACCCUCCAGUUAAUGCAAAUGAUGUAAACCUCCAGUGGGAAGAACUUAAAACUCUUGUUCAGGGUAAUGUGAACUUAAAGAGCCUCCACCCUAAUUCCCUAUGGGAAAGAUUCUAUUUAACAGAUCAGGAAAGGGACGAGUUUGCUUCAAUUUUGAAGGUGAUCUUCUUGGUAGAGACUUACCCACUCUCAACUGCAUGCUGUGAGAGGGGGUUUUCUACCAUGAAAAGGAUUAAGAACGACUGGCGUUGCAAUUUGGCAACCCCAACUUUAGACACAUUAAUGAGAGUGAAAAUAGCUGGGCCUCAAGCCCUGAGACAAUAUGACCCUCUACCUGCAGUUAACAGGUGGUGGUUGACUGGAGAGAGGGCAAGGAGGCCAACUAUCUUGCCUCAUGGGCCUCACGCAGACCAGUAGUGAUCAUUCACAUGAUGCUAGGGCGGGUGGAUGGGGCUGAACUAUUAUCUGUAAGAAUUUGCCUCUAGGUAAGUCCAAGUUGCCUCCAACUUUCAGACCAGGGAGCAAGUAGUUGCCUCCUAGCAAAAAAGUUAAUUUCGA